AUGAAACCGUCUUCAAUAGGGGCUGCACUCUUUUGGCAGGAAGUUCUCUUCUGGUCUUAUCCUAUCCUAGCGUCCCCAAGGAUAUCGCCCGAGCUGGCACCCAGCCAAACUGUGGUUUCGAGUACAAGCUCGCCGAGUGUUUCCGUAUCCGCUGGCAUCUAUCAUGCCACCCAUUCCAGCACCGGGACCGGCAAGACUAGCGAGUCCGACAACGGGGAUUCUACGACCGUACCGAUGGUUAAUUCGCCGUUACUCUUUCCCUCCUUCUCUGAGUGCACAUCAGGCGACACAGGCACUGCCACCUUCACAUCAGAAUUUGCUCACCACACUGGAUUCGAAACAAUAGCCGAGGACCAGGAAUUCUGGAACGAUACAGGUGCGGUUUGGGCAGUGAAGAUCGUCUCGCCCGGAUAUUCUAUUCAAGAGCUUGGACUCUUCAACGGAGGCAAUUCAGAUUGGGUGGACAGCACAGCCAUAAGUAUUGGUUCAGCUAGUUCAACAUUUGUGAUAACGGUUCCAACUCAUGGAUGUUUAAUCUCAAGGCCUGCCAUUAGUUGGUCGGUUGAGCCCACCCAAACGACAUCCAAUGUUGCCAGCACAUACACACUCAGCAUCUCGGGCGAAUACCCUUGCGCUUCUAAUACGAUCCUUAAUCCCCCACAGUGCACACACGAUCCUGCGUACGCUUUGACGGCCGAAAAUUGGCUGGAGCAGGACGUCGAUCAGCUUUUAUACGAAUGGUGGUUCGAUUCAAGAGAUGACGAAUGCGAUCCUGAGGACUUGGGUAGUUCAACCUUGAAAAACCUCCAGCCGCCUGAUACUUCUAGCAAUCUGCCAUUUCAGUUAGCGUAUUGGGCUGCCAAUAGCGAGGCGUUCGACUGUACAUUUGCUGGAGACAGUUGUACCAUUUCAGAAAACCCAUGCAGCAAUGGUGGCAUACCUCCAUGGGCGUUCCUCGCGCUCUCGGCUAUCAUGAACUUGCACUCUGUCAUGGUGGCUAUCAACACCGCGCUUACAAACGCAGUUAUCGCCAAGAGCAUGGUCACGCAAACAAUCCUCGAUGAUUUCAUUGAAGAAAGCGUCUCACCCACCGAGAAGGCCAUCCUCGCCCUCACCUUUAUUGGUGCUAUCGUAGGGGUCGUCGGGAUUUUUUGGACUUUACUGAUUCCAGCGGCUGUAGUAGAAGAUAUUGUUGUAGAAGCAGAAGAAAUUGGAGUGGCCGUAGGGGAAUCGGCCGCAACAGAGGCGGAGGGUUUGGGCACGGCGGCGAUAAAUCGACUUGGUGAGGGUCUAACGAGCCCAAAGGCCGCUCCAGGCCAAGGCGCCGCAAUCUAUGGCUCCAUACCGGGUGCUUUGAUCACUGGUUCAGCGAGUACGUGGAGCAAGAUUGUCGCUAACGACGCAAAUCCUCUCGCCCAGAUACAAAACUAUGCGGAUCUACUUGACCUCAAUUGGAAUCAAACGCAGACCACGUUGAUGAACUACAACGACAACUUGUUUAGCAAUAACAGCUGGUCGACGAUGCUCAUGGUGGCUCUUUAUGGAGGCAUAUAUGCGGAAAACCAUACCUCAUGGACGGAUACUGAGCUCAUAGAGACCUUGAAUGUUGAUGUAACUUCUCGGAUGAUCAACAACAUCUGGGGUCAAGGACAAGUCUACGUGCAAUUCACAGACCUCGAAGACGGGAAUUCGACAACCAAAUGCGACCUUGAUCUCCAUGGUCCCCAGAGCUCAAAAUACUGUGCCGAUGGUGGAGUGUACUAUCUUCAGGCCAUGGGUUUCUCAGGCUUGGGAAAACUAGCAAGACCGAACACCAAAGGACCGUAUGGUUACGAUUCGCUACAGAGUGUUGGUAUUGAACCAUGGUGGAUAUGUGCUGCAUCAGCAAAACUUUACAGACAAUAUGGCUUGCAAGCGGACUACACAGAUGCGUAUGCGUUCACAGCUUCACUGAGUGCUAUGAUCGCGAACAACCUAGGUAGUAGCCAAACAUUGAUCGGUCAGUUACCUGGCGAGUGGAGUCUUCCGGUCUGCGACGGCGGCAAAAACUACUAUGGGUGGGAUUGGUCCAACACCGGCAGCCGCAACACUAGCACGGGAGACGGUGCUCCUCACGAAUGGGUCCCGUGCGCUUGCGGAUAUCAGGGGAAUGAGACAUCGCUCUUCUACCAGGCGGCCAACAUGUGGAAUAUGUCGUGGACUGACCAGGUGAUACUCCAGCAGUCUUGUGGGAGGACCAUGAGCUACAAUAACAACCAAGGCUACCUAAACAUCAUGAGCGGGCCUCCGCCGAGCCACACGAUUGAUUACUCCGGGUCCAACAGUGCUCUCCUGAUCACGUACUCACCGACGUCAGCACCGCCCGUUCCGCAGGAUCCUCCAUGGUAUGUGUGA